GCUCCGUGCCCGCGGCCGUGCCCGCGCCGGCGGCGGCCCCAGCGAGGGGGCUCGGCUCUGCGCUCCGCCGCCGCCGCCGCUCCCCCGCCGCCUCCAUGGAGCGCCGGCCGCGCCGCCUCUGAUGUCCGGCCCGGCGCGCACCAUGGGGCCGCUGUGGCUCUGCUGCCUGCCCCUCGCCCUGCUGCCCCUGCUCGCCGCCGUGGAAGAGACGCUGAUGGACUCCACAACGGCAACGGCAGAGCUGGGCUGGACGGUGCAUCCUCCAUCAGGGUGGGAAGAGGUGAGCGGGUAUGAUGAAAACAUGAACACGAUUCGCACCUACCAGGUGUGCAACGUCUUUGAAUCCAGCCAAAACAACUGGCUCCGGACGAAGUACAUUCGGAGGCGAGGAGCACACCGCAUCCAUGUGGAGAUGAAAUUUUCUGUCCGGGACUGCAGCAGCAUCCCUAAUGUCCCAGGCUCCUGUAAGGAGACUUUUAACCUCUACUAUUUUGAGUCGGACUUUGACUCGGCCACCAAGACUUUUCCUAACUGGAUGGAGAAUCCUUGGAUGAAGGUGGACACAAUUGCUGCCGACGAGAGCUUCUCACAGGUGGACCUAGGUGGACGGGUGAUGAAGAUUAACACCGAGGUGCGCAGUUUUGGGCCUGUCUCCAAGAAUGGUUUCUACCUGGCCUUCCAGGACUAUGGAGGCUGCAUGUCCUUGAUUGCUGUCCGUGUCUUCUACCGCAAGUGUCCCCGCGUGAUCCAGAAUGGGGCCGUCUUCCAAGAAACCCUCUCAGGAGCAGAGAGCACCUCACUGGUGGCAGCCCGGGGGACGUGCAUCACCAAUGCAGAGGAGGUAGACGUGCCGAUCAAGCUGUACUGCAACGGGGAUGGCGAGUGGCUAGUGCCCAUCGGCCGCUGCAUGUGCCGGGCGGGCUACGAGUCGGUGGAAAACGGGACCAUCUGCAGAGGCUGCCCAUCGGGGAUGUUUAAGGCCAGCCAAGGGGAUGAAGGAUGCGUCCACUGCCCGAUUAACAGCCGGACAACUUCGGAAGGGGCCACUAACUGCGUCUGCCGAAACGGAUAUUACCGGGCAGAUGCCGAUCCAGUCGACAUGCCAUGCACCACCAUCCCGUCUGCCCCCCAGGCCGUCAUCUCCAGCGUGAACGAGACCUCUCUGAUGCUGGAGUGGACCCCACCGCGGGACUCGGGGGGCCGGGAGGACCUGGUGUACAACAUCAUCUGCAAGAGCUGUGGCUCUGGCCGUGGGGCAUGCACGCGCUGCGGGGACAACGUGCAGUUUGCCCCCCGCCAGCUGGGCCUGACAGAGCCCCGCAUCUACAUCAGUGACUUGCUGGCCCACACCCAGUACACCUUCGAGAUCCAGGCGGUGAACGGUGUCACCGACCAGAGCCCCUUCUCCCCACAGUUUGCAUCAGUGAACAUCACCACCAAUCAGGCUGCUCCUUCAGCUGUGUCCAUCAUGCACCAGGUCAGCCGCACCGUGGACAGCAUUACACUCUCAUGGUCUCAGCCUGACCAACCCAACGGAGUCAUCCUGGAUUAUGAGCUGCAAUAUUAUGAGAAGGAUCUGAGUGAGUUAAAUUCGACAACAGUGAAGAGUCCCACCAACACUGUAGCAGUACAAAACCUCAAAGCUGGCACCAUCUACGUCUUCCAGGUGCGGGCACGUACUGUGGCUGGGUAUGGCCGGUAUAGUGGCAAGAUGUAUUUCCAGACCAUGACUGAAGCCGAGUACCAGACCAGUGUCCAGGAGAAGCUGCCACUCAUCAUCGGCUCCUCCGCAGCAGGACUGGUGUUCCUCAUUGCUGUAGUCGUCAUCAUUAUUGUGUGCAACAGAAGACGGGGCUUUGAGCGUGCUGACUCUGAGUACACCGACAAGCUGCAGCACUAUACCAGUGGCCACAUGACUCCAGGGAUGAAGAUUUAUAUCGAUCCAUUCACCUACGAAGAUCCCAAUGAGGCUGUCAGGGAGUUUGCAAAAGAAAUCGAUAUCUCUUGUGUCAAAAUCGAGCAGGUGAUCGGGGCAGGGGAGUUUGGUGAGGUGUGCAGUGGGCAUCUCAAGCUUCCUGGCAAAAGAGAGAUCUUUGUGGCCAUUAAGACCCUGAAGUCUGGUUACACAGAGAAGCAGAGACGGGACUUCUUGAGUGAAGCCAGCAUCAUGGGGCAGUUCGACCACCCCAACGUCAUCCACCUGGAGGGAGUGGUGACUAAGAGUUCACCGGUCAUGAUCAUUACUGAGUUCAUGGAGAAUGGCUCACUGGACUCCUUCUUGCGGCAAAACGAUGGGCAGUUCACAGUGAUCCAGCUGGUGGGGAUGUUGCGGGGCAUUGCGGCAGGCAUGAAGUAUCUGGCCGAUAUGAACUACGUGCACCGGGACCUGGCUGCCCGCAACAUCCUAGUGAACAGCAACCUGGUGUGCAAAGUGUCUGACUUUGGCCUUUCCCGUUUUCUGGAGGACGACACCUCUGAUCCCACCUACACCAGUGCACUGGGUGGGAAGAUCCCAAUACGAUGGACAGCACCUGAGGCAAUUCAGUACCGAAAAUUCACAUCGGCCAGUGAUGUGUGGAGCUACGGAAUAGUCAUGUGGGAGGUGAUGUCGUAUGGCGAGCGGCCUUACUGGGAUAUGACCAACCAAGAUGUGAUAAAUGCUAUCGAACAGGACUAUCGGCUGCCACCACCUAUGGAUUGUCCAAAUGCCCUGCACCAGCUAAUGCUUGACUGUUGGCAGAAGGAUCGAAACCACAGACCCAAAUUUGGGCAAAUUGUCAACACCUUAGAUAAAAUGAUCCGAAAUCCUAACAGCCUGAAAGCCAUGGCACCUCUCUCCUCUGGGAUGAACCUCCCCCUACUUGACCGCACAAUCCCGGAUUAUACCAGCUUCAACACUGUGGAUGAAUGGCUGGAUGCCAUCAAGAUGAGCCAGUACAAAGAGAGCUUUGCCAGUGCUGGCUUCACCACCUUUGACGUAGUAUCUCAGAUGACUGUAGAGGACAUUCUGCGAGUUGGGGUCACUUUAGCAGGACACCAGAAGAAAAUACUGAACAGUAUCCAGGUGAUGAGAGCACAGAUGAACCAAAUUCAGUCUGUGGAGGUUUGAUAGCUACAUGUCCUCCUACUCCUCUUCCUUGAGGCCCUGCUCCCCUUUGCCCCUGUAUGUCCAAGCUCCAGUUCUUGAGUAUUCUGCACAGACCAGAGACAGGCAGCUGCUCUGAGGAUCAUGGCGACAGGAAGAAACACCCUGUCAUCAACAAUGAGAAGUCGCCAAGAGCUUCUAGAAUUUAAACAAUGGAAAAAGGGAACAAAAAAAGACAGCUAUUUUGAAAAAAAAAAAAAAACCUAUGAAAUAUUUUUAAAUAAUAAUAAAGCAAUUGCAUUCUUGAAAAGGGCUCCAAGACCAAUGGGAGUCUCCAAAGGAAGAGAAGAGAGCAGCUUCAUCUGUUUCCUCUUGCACAAGGCUGCUGCAGCUGGGCCCACACACCUCUGGAGCAAUGAGACUUUUUCAAGAAGAUGAAUGCAAAGAAAGGUCACGAGAAGCACUUCUCUUUCUCACAUAGGAUGGCGGCUCUGGGAAUGUCCUGCAGCCAGCAGUCCUUCCUGAAAGCCCCUUUUAGCAAAUCAAAGGGGAGAGAGAGCUGAAGCUCUCUGGUGCUGCAGAACCAAGUGCAUCUCAGAAAUUGAUGGACUUCUUCAAAAGCUGAAGACUUUUUUUUUUUUAAAACAAAUAAACUGAGACUAGAAGAGGCUGUUUCCGACAAAUGAGAAGGAAUCUGUAACGCUUGGGAGGGUGGGGAUGGGGAAAACCAAUCCUUUUUACAUCUCUUAUUUUCUCUUGUCAUGGAACAGUUUUGUGAGUGACAGUUUCCUAGGGGUCCGUCCAUCCACCCUCCAAUGGCAUCAUUGUCUCAUACAUAUCAUAUGCACAAGACUUAUAGUGAUGUCCUCACUAGAUGCCAAUGAUCUUUUCCCAGAAGACUUCCCAAGUACAGUAUGUAGUAGUUUUUGAUUACAAAUGCUGACGUGUACCUUUAUUUUUCGGUUGUCAUUGUUGGGAGAUUUGUCCUUUUACCUUGUUUUGUUAACACCAGUUUGUGAGUUUGGGGUUGGAAAUUUUUGGUUGGUUGGGGUUUUUUUUAAUGAAAAAGAAAUGACAUCUCCAAGCAUCAUAUCAUUCAAGAACUUAAAUCCCUUCCCUGUGGAAGGAAAAAUUGCAGCUUAUUGACAAUAUGCCAGGAAAAAAAUUUUUUUAUAUGCACAUUUCCUCCCGUUUGCUUGUUUGUUAUUUUGCAAUUUGUCAUGGCCUGACAGAUGUUUCUAACUGUUGGGUUUCCAGUUGUUCACCAAGAUGAAAUGACCACCUGCUCAAUUCAGGGUUGCUGGUGCAGGGGUGAGCAGCAUCACAGUGGGUUUGUGGUUUUGGGGUUUUUUUUGCAGGGGGGAGGGAAAGACGGGAGGGUGGAUGGAUUGUGGGAGGGAAUGAUGACUCCACAGCUGGCUGUCAGAGCCCUUUGGAAAUGUCUCACUGCUUAGAAAUGUGUCAGAUUGGUGAAUGGACCACAGAAAGGCAGGGUAAGCCUGGUCCUCUAAGAGGAGCUCGUGGCACAUGGUUUCUCGGAGUCUGAAUUGUGUUAGCUGCCAGGUUGUGGAUGGUUCACUACAGUAGCCAAACUCUGCAGAUGUGCUCUGUGCCCUUCGGGGACCCAGUCCCUUUGUUAGACGAUGAGCUGGGGGCUCUGAGGCAGCUUCACUCUCAGCCAGUCGCCUCAAGGAGAGCAAAGGCAAAAACUCUGAUCUGGUAACCCAGGUCUCUGGAGGCGAAAUGCUGUGGUUGAAGCUGAAUGGUCAAUCAGUGGAUUUAUAAAUAACUGAAAUAAAUACUUUAGUUGCUGACCAGGUCUUUGGUAUGUGUAAAUACCACCAAGCAAGUGCAGGGAUGUACAAAUGAGCUUGUUCUCCCUGUUCAGCACCACCUUGUAUCCUUUUAAACAUGCCUACCACCACCCACCUUCCUCUGGCCCUGUGUGGCAUAUUUCCACACAUCUCGUGGCCAUGGCCAGCAUAACUUGUGUUUACAAGCCCUUGUCUGCCAUUUCUAUGUCAUCCUCCACUCAUUUUCAGCAGCAUGGGGUGUUGAAGGCAUGUUCAUUGGGAGCUGGUUUGCUGUAUUUUCCGGGAGCUGAAUCCAAGAGGAAGUGUGUCUGCCAUGGAUGAAAAUCCCAAGCUGUCUAGGUCUCUGUGGCCAGACAUCAUCUCCCUAGACUGCUUGUAAAAUAUGAGGCCAUUUAUAAAAUUCUUAGCAUUUUCCACUUUUAGACCAGAUCCGACAACGAAGCACUUAGGAGUGGCAGCAGACCAUUCCCUACAAGUGAGAGUUACUUCUCUGCUUAGCUCUUGCACUGUCCCAAAGUUUGGUGCACAGCUUCAGCACCAGGGGUCUUCACUGGAGGAAUUUUUCCCUCCAGCCCUUAUUCAUCUGAAAUCUCUAGCGCAGGAUUGUCUUUUCAUUUGUAUACAGUACUUUCCUGGUCUUGCAUCCAUAAGUGCAUCUGUAGUCGUGUGAAUAUCAGUAGCAGGUGUGUGCUGGGUACACAGGGAGUACCCAGUGUAUUCUUUUACAGGGAGUAUGCUGCAUUCAGUGUCCACAGCACAUCCCUUCUGACAGCAAUGCCAUUGCCCUGCAUCUCUUUCAGAUGGCAGAAUAUGAUGGAGAGAGAGUGAGGGAUGAGUGGACUAUAGGCAUGCUGUAUGCACAUGGUGCCUGGACAUAAUCAGCUGUCUGUCCUAUAUCCAGCCUGUUUUAGCCUGUGUAUCUAGUGGAGGGAUGCUUUUAAUGCCUUUGCAUUUAAAAAGCACUGCUCCUGAUCAGGAAGUGGACUCAACUUUUAAAGACCAGCAUGCAAAAAUCGAUGGUGUCAACUAAACCACACAAAGUGCUUGCAGAGGGCAUGCAGAGAAACAAGAAGCUUCUCAGUGCACCCUGUCCUGUAGAAGUGUGGAGCAGCAGUGAGAACUGCUCACAUGGUGUGUCUCCAUCUCCCAUUGUAGCUGCUGUAUUUUAACAAGGAACAGUUGUCAGUCUUUCCCAAAGGCAUGUCUGAAGCUAUUUGGUGGCAGUCCAGGGUGAGGGAAGCAUGAUGCUGUGCCAAGUUGUCUAGCCACAGCCAUCCGGCUACUUUAUGUACAAGGGAGCUUUGCAAGGAGAGCUGUCUGUCUAGAAAACUCACCAGCAAAUUCCUGUGGGGCAGCCAUGUGGAAGGAGCACAUGAUGCCCUUCAGUUGUCCUUCCCAGACAAUUCUUGACUGUUCUCUACCAUCCCUUACAUUCCUGCAGACACUAAGGAGGAGCAAUGGCCAGGCAGCAUCCCUUCAGAGCCAGUCAUUAUUAGACAGGGCUUGAAAGGGCACUUCAGGUUUUCUUCAUUUGGAGACAUUUUGUCUUAAUGCACUGAAUCUCCUUACUGGCUAGCAUAUACACAUCUACCUACCAGACCCAACCCACUGUGAAGGAUGGGACCAUACCAAGCUCAGUGCCGCAACUCACCAAAGCCGUGGCAGCUGUCUGCAGGACAGAGAAAGCACAUCGUUGUCUCUUCUUCUGACCAAAAAUCACAUGGUGUUGGUACUAAAAGUAACACAUUCCCAUCUGUUUAUACCAGGCAUCGCUGUGACAUCUGUCUGUAUUUGACUGUGUAGUACUAAUGGAGAACUGGAGGACCUAAAAUAGAAACGAACCAUCAAACACUGCAAUUUUCUGCAUCCCUCCAGCUCUCCUGGGAGCACGAGGAACCAAGUUCCUGUAAAGUACUUUGGUUGUAAAUGCCUCUGGAGCGUGCUCCAGUGGAGGGCAGAGUCACUGAAGUGACUUUAACAUAUUUAUUUCAUGGGUAUCAAAUGUACUGCUAUGAAAUAUGAGUCUAAUGGCAAAAUUCAACUUCACGGGGAGAACAUGUAACAAGGGGAAAAGGCACUUGCUAACAUUGACACUGUGAAAUCCUGUUGUGCAUGUGCAUGUGUAUGUGUGCAUGUGUGAAUACUUAAGAAAAAUUAUGACAAUGAGAUUUUUCAGGCAGCUUGUUGCAAUUUUCACAUUUCCCCUCCACCUUUCAAGCUACCUCCCAGACCUACCCUUCUCUUCCUCUGUUUCCCACUGCCAUCUGCUGUUGAGGGUCACCCAUGCCUGGCGAAAGCAGCUGGUAGGAGAGCUGAGCAGGAUGCUAGGUUGAAAACACUAAGUUGGUUGGCCAGUGAUAAGGUCGAAUCAUGCAGAUCAUCAUGGGGCAGAGUGGAGAAAGCAAAACAUAUGUGGAUAGUAAAAAGUUAAAAUAUAUUUAGUGGGUCAUUUUCAACUGUGGCUACCAGCCCUUUACCUGGAAUUAACAGCACGGGGGGUGUGCCAAGCAAAAGGAAAGACAAACUUGUAAGAUACAGCACUGCCAUGAGGAAUCGGUUGCCCUUGCCGGCUGUGGGGACACAGAAACAGGGCACUAUGAACUGCACUUCCCUUCCCAAAUUAUCUUCCCCCCUCCCCAGUAAAAUCUCAGAACUACCUUUCAUAAACUUAAGGGAGAUUUGUGGUUUGCAGCAGCUGAGGAGCUGCUUGCUACAGUGUGGCGUCUCCUCUCCAUAGUGUCCUCACUACUGAGCAGUAAUCCAUGUACAGGGCUUCCAUGUGAUCUGAGUAAAUGUGGCUGUCACAGGGUUUACUGGUUAUGCAGUAUUAAUUUAUUAUUAUAAUUCAAAUGUAAUUCAAAUGCAGUUUUAUCCCCUAGCACCAUGCUAGUCAUUAUAUAGUGGAGUCAUCUUGUUAGCAUCAUUGACCAGUAUGCACCAGUGUUAGCAAGAAGAGAACUAUGUGCAUAUAAAAUGGUACCCCGUGCAAGGCUGGGGAGAAAGCAGUGCUACAUCUUCAUGUAGCUCUGGCUUGGAAGAUCUGCCAUAAAGGGACUGUUGGCCAGCCACAAUAGCAGGAUCGUGCUCUCCACUGUCUGCUUAAGCACUAUCCAGUGCAGAGUUGCCUCCUGGUCUGGCAUUUCAUGAGCAAAGGAAAGAGUAUGUUUUAUCAGUAUUAGGUGCUGGCUAUACUAAUAAUUCUUUUCUCACACCCCUUGAAGUUGUUCUUUGAAUUGGUGUUAAAGGAAAGGUUCUUUCCCAGUAAUCAUCACACAGGCUGCAGAUUAGCAGUGGCCUGUAGAGAAAACCUCUUGGUGGGUUUGAGCAGUUGAGAAAAACUUCUUGUUAUAUUUUCCAGGCUGAUUUAUAUGAAACCUGGAGUCAGGGCUUGAACUCUGCUGCAUCAUUAACAGUUGUAUCCUCUGAUGAUAUAAUAAAUCUGUGGCUGCCUUGGAUGUAUGAAUCCAGAGUGUCUGGAAUUAUCACUGUUGUCUGGUUUGUUUUAGUGGAGUCUAUUUUUUUAAUGUAUUUCAUCGUCCUUCCUGUGUGUCUAAUUCAAGACUGAUUUAAUGUAGGUCUUUUUCCAUCUUCAAAGAUUUUACAUACUUGCAAGUUCUUCACUUACAGGACUUAGCAUUUCCUCCUUCAAAGUUAUAUGAACAACUGAUGUAGUACCAACUUCAUUUUUAUGUUCUGCUGGCAGUUAUCCAAUGUCAUUAAAGGCAUGCUAAAAAUUAUCUUCUUUGCUGUGUUCCCCUCCUUUUACACUGCAAUCCUUUAGUGAACUGGUGUUUGACAUGCUUUCAGCUCUAGGACUAAUAGUCCUUUAUAUCAAUCAAUUAAGCCAAAUGACAUGUUGUCAGAGUUGCAUGAUCUGAGCUGUACCUGCUUGCAGUCAAUACAACCACAUUCUGUCCUGGAGCUCUAGUUUGUGACUUGAGCCCUGGUCCCAUCUGCUUGUCAUGUUGGUUCCACCAUGUUCACAACUCAAUGCAGUUCUGCCACUGGCUGUCUCACGAGCAAUUGCCACCAAAAAAUUCUCUUCUGUAUUGCUGAUUUCAUCUUGUCAUUGCUGAGAGCUGCUAGAAUCCUCCUACUAUGCAGAAUAUACAUAUUUUUUUUUAUCUUCAGUCAAAUUUUAGCCUUGUCUUUAGACUUCUCCAGGAUGACUUUGCUUCUUGUAGCUACUGAGCCCUUCCCAAAGAUAGGACACAACUUUGGUCUGUGUUUGCUUCCAUAUGUGUUACAAUUUUCCAUAGUUCUCCUAGAAAACCCCCUGCACUCUACAGAUAUUUCCUGGAAUUCACCUUAUUGCUCUCCGUCUGUUAUUCCUGCCAACUUGACUGACAAAUGUUAUCUGCAGAAAUUUGGGACUGGAAGUGAGAAGUCCUCUCUCCUCACAAAUCUUUGUCUUAAUCUGCAUUCUCAGCUGUCUUAAAAUUGAUUCAGCAGUUUCACUCUCUUUUUUUUUUUCAGUUUUGCAAGAAAUUUCUCUGCAGUCCUGUGCUUAGUAGGAGUGCAGCAGCAGUCCCAUUUCUGUAGCACUGUAUGAUCACUGACUUGCUCACUCCAACCACAGACUGUUAGAUAUUCAUAGUGCCCCUGACUGCCAUUCCUGCAAACAAGCCACAAGACUUGACCUUGUGUGCCUCUUUUUUUUUUCAGGAACUCUGUUUUGCCUUCAAGAAAAAAGAACAACAAGUGUUUGGUUGACCCUUUUCCAGUUUUUUCAUUCCAGUAAAUUUCAGGAAUUUUUCAGUUGCCUCAACUGUAGCUUCUACUUCUACCUCUAAGGUCGGCCUUCAGUUCCUGGACAGAUGUCAUGCUGUAUCCUUUGAUGAUUUCUGCUAAGUCUAGGAGGAAAGGAUUAAACUUUGUCAAGUCUUUAAUAGCCGAACAGCUAUGUUAGCAAAAACUAACGGAAAGCAUUCAAGGAGGACUAGGGGGAAGCAUGUUAUUCUAACCUGAGGUUUAAGCUGACGGUCAAAUCACCCCUUUUCCCAAAUUGCCUUUCUUCUGCACUUCCAGCUCACUGACUCCAGUUUGUGGUGAGUGAGCUGGUCUGUGCAUCUGGGAGAUGGAGGUUGACAAACGCACCAGACCCCACCUGAACAGUGCCUCGCAGGCAUUGUGGACACCAGCCUGAGACAGAUGGUGUGGCAAAUCCACAUCCUUGCUUGGCCUUUGCUAGUGGAGAAUAAAUGUGAAGUCUCUGAUUGCUAACAAUAUUAGCAUUCAGUAGCCUUCACACAAGAAUGUUGUUAUGAGCCAGUAAAUCUCUGAUGUGCUGGCUUCUCAAGUGCUGGCGACACUUUUGUUCUUCUCAGCUCAAAAGGGAUACACGGAAACUAAGAAAUAUCCAGAUAUGGGCCUCAGGAACAGCCAGAGGUCUUUGGGAGGUAUAAAAGAUAAAUAGAUUUUGAUUCUUGUUCUGGCAGAGGUAAACCAUGAUGAUAAAAAAAUUUCAUGCCAUUAAAUCAGGAAAGAUGCGAGUAAGGUGAAUAAACAGCAGUAACUAUUUCUCACAAUAAAAGCACUAAGGCAGGUGAAGCAGAAUAUUCUUUGGCACAAAGCACAAUGAUUGAAGGGUGGAACUCUGCUGGAGCACGUUGAUACCAAGCAUUGGAUGGAUUCAAAAGAUGACUGGACAAAUUUGUGGAGGAAUAAUCUCCUCAACACAAAAAUACCUCUUCCAGGUUUUCUGGGUCACAGAUGCCUGGGGGCAUGGGGUGUGUAACAGCAUUCUUACAGCACUUCUUUUAUACUGUCAUAUUCUUGGGACUGACACAUUUUAAACCUCUUAAAAGCCCAAAGUCUCUAUCAGGCGUCAUUGAUUUUCCAUUCUUCACUCUUUCUGGUGAAGGAUUUCUGUGUGGAACCAAAGGGCUUCCCAUGUCAGAGGAAACUGCGUGCUUCCUCCUCCCAAUUCCUUGUGUAGCAAAAUGCAUCCCUGGGACUCAGAGCUGCAACAUGUCAUCAGUGCCUCAAACAGCAGUAAUGGCAAAAGAAGGGAGACUGUCUUGAUGGUCCAUCAUGCUCUGGAUGUGAAAGUUCUGUAUGGAAGCAUCCUCGCCUGAAACCUUCUUUUACGUUUCAGAGAACCUUAUGCACAGAGGGGGAUCCUGGUGUAAGGAGAGGUCCCUUUCCUUCUUUCCUUCCUCUGCUAUGGCUUGGUUUCUGACAGUGAGACUGUUGCCCCUCUACACUGGAGGUUGGCAGGGCCUGCGUGAGCUGUUGCUGCUGGUUGCUUGGGUAUCUAACCAUGAGUCCAGAUGGACCCACAAGAACUGCCUCAAGGAUGAAAAUGCAGGAAAGGAGCCUGGGACAAGCUCCUAAAACAGGCAAACAGGUCUCGGUGCAAUGGAGUGAUUCAAGGCUGGGCUGGGUGCAUGCAGUGAAAUCCCAGAGGAACCCCAGAGCAGGCAUUGGGUGCUGGGGGCUCCAGGACAAGAUACAGACAGGUGUUAAGUGCAAGGUUCAGUUGUGAGUGCUGGCCCAGCUCUGAAGAUGAAUUUUUUCUUUAUGUCCUGGGGACAAUUUAGAUUCAGACAAAAACCCCCUUCUGUUGCUUAGGCUACCUUGAUGGCAUAAGUGAAAAGCUAUUUGACAUGGGCAGUGAUUCAUUUCCCUCUGCAGAGCAGCCCAGGAAUGUGGGAGGAGGGCCUGUCUGGAGCAGAAGGGGUCCUUCGCUGUGUAGUCCUGGGCCCCUGCAGAGCCUUGUAUGCUGUAGGAGACCAGGGAAGGGAUGCAGUGUUUGGUGUACUGCUUCUUGCUUGGCCCCCUCUGGGCUCUCCUCUCCAGUAGGGACUGGAAGGGAGAUGACAAGCGUAUUUCUAGCUGAUGAUUUUAUAAACUCUCUGAUGUUUCUUUUUUUUCCUCUGAAAAUCCCAGCUCCUGUGUUUUUGACCCCAGAAGCACUGGGGCCGUACGUCAAUCACAGCUUUUAUUGUAGGACAGCCCAACCCUUAUAUGAGGAAGCCAAGUUGCAGGGCUAUGGGUUUCAUGUUGGCCAGCCCACCUUCUAGUGACCACUGUAUCUGGUCCCACCAUAACUGAGCACCUCACAGUCAGUAAAGCACAUGUCCUAGAGGCAAGCCAAGGCUUUCCACAGGACUGAGGUACAGAGAAAUACAGACUGACAGCCACAAAGAAGUCAGGGUACAAUUCCUGUUUAAACAGCUGAGUUCAAAUUGCAGGAGUUCCCAAAAGACUGCGGUGCUUCUGGAGUAAGGACUUGCUCAGGAUCACACAGUCAAGUUGUGGCUACGUCCCUCAGGCCAGUAGAAGCACUGACCAUCUUGCCUUCAAGCUCCAGAGUUUUCUUCCAAGCUGCUCAACAGUGGAAGGAAGUGAGACACCCCAGCUUAUCCUACCCAGGAUCAGCCGUGUGCAGAGUGGACAGACAAUUCUGGUCACCCCUGUCCCAUCAAACAGUGAGAAGAUCUGGGCAGCAAAAAACCUGGUUUGAACAGGGGUGGAAGGAAAGACUGCCUGGAGGGUGAGGGAGUUGGAGAGACUAAACGUGAGUUUGGGCUCUCAAACAACUGCAGUUUGUGGAUGCCCUGACACGUGCCCCUUCUGCAAGGAGAGCAAUCCCUGGUGCACACAUCUCCAGUGUGCCAGGCUGUGGUCCUUCUCCUAGAUCAUCCAGAUUCUUCUGCUGAGGUCCUGGCUUCACUUCUCCCCUCUUAAUAAUGGCCCUCCUGAACCAAGACCACACAUCACAGCACAGCCCUUGCUGUCCUGCUGGAGCUGGAGGGGGAGAAAUCAGGGACAGGGGGUUUGCAUCUGUUCCUUCACUUAUGGAUCCAAGCAUAGACCCCUGCAUUGGGGGGCAUUCUGUUGGAUGCCCUCCUCCAGUGACUUCUCCAUCCACUUUUCAGCCUAUGACCCUUGCACCCUUUUCAUUUUUAUUGCUUGCCCUCCAUCAUCAGCUGUCUGUUCUCUGCAUUGUUUCUUUGCCCCCUGUCCCUUCCUCAGUAUAGGAGGGCAGGAUGGUUUGUUUAGGUUUGGGCCAUCACCAAGGAUUCCCUUCCUUGGAGCUUGCUCAGCAUGUCUCUGCAGGGAACCUGGUUUUAGCUAUAUUUCUUCCCAUGAAAAAAUCCCUCCUCUGCCUAUCUGUCUUCCUUUCCUCCCUGGAAACACCAGCCACCUCGUAUCCCAGAUCUUCCUGGGUAAAGAAGUAGAAAGUUGUAUGAAACUGGGACAGGUGUGGCAGGAUCCUUAGUCAAUGUUCCCGUGGGAUAGUUCAGGGAAAAGGGUCCAACCCUGCCUCCUACCCACAGGUAAAUGAGCACGCCCAUCAGUCUCAGGACAUGAUUUCUAUUCCCAGGUCUGCUUUGGAAAGGCUUUGCUGGCCUUGUGUCACUCCCUUCCAUGCCAUCUGUUUUGGAUGGACUUUGAAGUCAGUCUACCCAGGGCAUGCUUUGAGGCCCCAUUUUAAGUUUUGUGGGAGCGUUCAAGGGGUUGAAGCCAGAACCAAGUGGUAGCAGUUCCUGCUGGAGAAAUGAGCCUGGUGUUUCAAAGCACUGCCCCAAGGAAAGCUGUGAUCCCCACUCACUUAGCCAAGCCAUGGUCUGAGAGGUGGUGGGGUGCAGGACACAGGUGAGCUGCAACUAGGAGCUCGAAGACCUUCAUUCAGGGUGAGCUGGGCACAGAUAGUCAAACUGCCCUCUGCAGCCCCAGAUGCCAUAUAUCAAUGGGCUUUGGAGGAACUGAAGAGCCAACAUAGCUGUCCAUGUUUUCAUUUUAAAAGAGUCCUUGCAGGGAGGAUCUUUUCCUAGCUUGGAGACUAAUGCCCAGGUCAGCAAUGCAAGGGAGAAAGCAAGAAGGACCUGGUGGGAAGGAAGCCUUAUGCUGAGGUCUGAAAGGUGAGAUGGGGAGGUAGCAGUAAUGUAGCAGGGAAGAGGGUGGUUGAGCACUGUGGCAACAAAUCCUCUUGCCUGUCAGGGUGUUGGAUUACUGUGGUUUGCUCAUUUGGCUCCUCCAACGUGACAAGGUGUGAAGCUGUCAGCUUUCACUGGAAGAUUUGUGGAGGAGCUGCCUAUGUCAUUGGGAAGGUUUGUAGGGAGAGGAGAUUUUGCUGGGCUCUGGCCUCCUUGUCACGGCUUUGGAAGGAGCUGGCAGUAUAGGCUGGGGAAAUUAUGUGUAUCCUUCAACUGCCCAAAGUCAAGUGUGUCUAGUCAAUGCUACAUCUUGUCAUCCCCCUAACACUAGUCCAAGGAUACAUCAGCUGGGCUCCAGGGGCAUCCCCAACCCUGGUUUCCUACUCUUCGUCAUCCUGUAUGUUGGCUGUGGCCCUGUGGACAAUGUAACGCUUUUCAUGACAGUAUUUGUAUUUUUUUAAUUGUGAAUGGGGAGAUAGUGUGCAGGUCCUUGUUACACAGGGAUGUGUCUUCCAUUCAGACCAGGGCUUCCCCUGGCUUUGUCAGAUGUCUUUCGAUGUUACUGAGAAAAAUAAAGAAAGAAAUAAAUCAGAUGUAUUUAUAAAGGAAACAGAAACCUGCUGCUCCAAUGCCUUUGUAGGAGUAUUUUUAACAAAACAUUUUUUCAAAAUAAAUGUGAAUUGUAAAGUUUGAA